AUGAAGACCGCUAUUCUUCUAAGUGCCGCCUCGGCAGUCCUUCCUGUUGUCUCCGGGGCAGACAUUCUUCCCUACUGGGAUUCAACACGAUGCAUCGAUGAGCGGGUGGAUGAUCUCCUCUCCCGCAUGACCCUUGAGGAGAAGGCGGGGCAAAUGUUCCAUGCCCGCACCUCUCUAAUCAAUGAUACAUUCGACGCCAACAUCAAGUCAUACGUCGCCGACAAGCACAUCACUCACUACGUCUUCAGCGGUGGCGUCAACGACGCUCGUGUCGUGGCAGAAUGGCAAAACGCACUGCAGCAGUUUUCUCGCGACGAGGGCCUCGGUAUCCCCAUCACCCUCUCGUCAGACCCGCAGCACGGAUGGACUGACGACACGGCUGUAUCGAAUGUGGCCGCCUCGUUCUCACGGUGGACGGAACCCUUGGGUAUCGCAGCGCUCCGGUCGCCUGAGCUGGCACUCGAAUUCGCCAAGAUUGCGCGGGAGGAGUACGUGUCCGUGGGGAUCAGGCAGGCGCUUCACCCGACUGUCGAUAUCAUCACCGAGCCGCGCUGGGGACGCAACGCCCAGACAAUGGGCGAGGACGCCAACCUCACGAGCACCCUGCUGGUGGAGUAUAUCAAGGGCUUCCAGGGCGACAAAAUCGGACCGCACUCAGUCAUCACUACGACGAAGCAUUUCCCCGGUGGUGGCCCUAUGGAGAAUGGCGAGGAUUCGCACUUUGAAUGGGGCAAGAAUCAGACCUAUCCUGGCAACAAUCAGGAAUACCACCUCAUCCCCUUCCGUGCCGCGAUCAAGGCUGGCACCCGCCAGAUGAUGCCCUACUAUUCCCGCCCGAUCGACACCGAAUGGGAAGAAGUCGCAUUUGCAUUCAACAAGGGCGUCAUCACGGACCUUCUCAAGAAUGAGCUCGGCUUUGAAGGCAUCGUCGUAUCCGACUGGGGUGUCGUCACCACGCGCUUCUGGGGCGUCGAGGACCUGACCGAGCUGGAGCGUGCGCGCAAGGCCCUCGAGGCUGGCAUUGACAUUUUCGGUGGCGAGACGAAGCCCGAGCUGAUCGUCCAGCUUGUGAACAACGGGCAAAUCGCAGAAGAGCGCAUCGAUUACUCCGUCCGCAAGCUCAUGAAGGAAAAGUUCGAGCUCGGCCUCUUCGAUAACCCGUUUGUUAAUGUCGACGCCGCUGAAAGGGUCGUGGGCAAUGAGUACUUCAGCCGCCUCGGUAACGAGACGCAGCGCAGGGCUUUCACCCUCCUCACGAACCCGGACGAAUUCCUGCCUCUGCCCCAGUCGGCGCUCAACGCCAGCUUUUACGUCGAGGGCAUGGAUCCGGCAGCCCUUGAGGCCCGUAACCUCAAGGUCGUUGGUACUUCCGAGGAAGCCGACUAUGCCUUCCUCCGCCUCCCGUCGCCCUUCAAGCCGACGACGGCCUCGGGGCUGGCAGCCAGCAUCAACAACGGCUCCAUCGAGUUCAACGUCACAGAAAAGGCGCGCCAGGCAGAGAUUUACGCUACGGUCCCGACGGUGGUCGACAUCAAGUUCAACAGGCCACCUGCUGUGCCCGAGAUUGCAGAGGCAGCUGCCGCGCUGAUGGGGAACUACGGGAGCAGUCACGAUGCAUUCCUCGACAUCGUUUUUGGCGUCGACGGCUGGUUGCCGGAGGGCAAGUUGCCCUUUGACAUGCCGCGGUCGAUGGCUGCUGUCGAGGCUUCGAAGGAGGAUUUGCCUUUUGACACCGAAGACCCGCUAUUUGAAUUUGGCCAUGGCCUCUCGUACAGGGAGAGGUGUACGACAGGAUGCCGAUCCACGAGGCGCACUUGA